AUGGAAGCCUUCAUUUCCCGCAAAAGACCAAAGACUUCCCCGAAUACAUCAGGAAUUCAAGAAAAUCCAUCUCCUCAAAGUAAACCCCUACCAAACGAAGACGAAGGAUCCACAGAUCUCAAACUCGCCACUCUAUCUUCUCUGUUCCCAACCGUAGACCAAGCAACCCUGCUCGACCUGCUCGUAUCCGCAGACGGCUCCGUCGAGGCGGUCUUCGACUCUCUUUCCGGAAAACCCGAGGUUGGAUCCCCUCGCAAGAGACCUGCGGCAAGCGUAGGGUACCAGACUUCUCUGUCCGCGUUCCGGAGAGUUGGGAAUGCGGAGCCGGGGUCACCGGCUGCGAAGCGGAGGGUACUGACCAAGAAGGGGCAGACGCUACAUCUGUAUACGCCAGAGGAUAUCGCUGCCCAUACACCUUGCUCUAUCAUCCACAACUUCUUGCCUGCUCAAGAAGCGGAUAAUCUGCUCAGAGAACUGCUUGAAGAAGCGCCUACUUUCGAGAGGCAGACCUUCAAACUGUUUGAUAAUGUGGUGCAGUCUCCCCAUUCUGCGUGCUUCUACGUUGAUAGCUUGGAAGAGCGCGAGAGGCAAAAGACCGAGUAUCUAUAUAAUGGCAGCUAUCUAGAAGACAUUCGCCAGAUCACACCCCAAAUGCGAACAGUUUCCAACAAAGUUCAGCCAGCUGUCAACGAAGAGAUCACCAAACGCAUCCGAACUAAUUACCCAGACGGUAAGAAGCUCAAGUAUCAAUCACCCUACGAGUGGGUCCCGAACGCGGCGUUCGUCAACUGCUACCAAGGCGGAAGCGAAAGCGUGGGCUAUCACUGCGAUCAGCUGACCUACCUUGGACCGCGAGCCAUCAUUGGCAGCCUGAGUCUUGGGGUUGCUCGAGAAUUUCGAGUACGGAAAAUCGUAGCCCGGGAUGACGAAGAGCCAGCAGCCUCCAAAGACCAGAGGGCAGACGCUGAAGGCCAGAUCUCGAUACACUUGCCGCACAACUCGCUUCUGGUGAUGCAUGCGGAGAUGCAAGAGGAAUGGAAGCAUAGCAUUCAUCCUUCUUCUGUGAUCGAUCCUCAUCCCAUAGCGGGCAACAAACGAAUCAAUGUCACUUACAGAUAUUACCGCGAAAGCUUCCACCCGAUGUAUACACCAAGAUGUAAAUGCGAAGUAGCGACAGUGUUACGUUGUGUUCAAAGAAAGAAGGAAAAUAAGGGGAGGUACAUGUGGAUGUGCCAUGCGGGCCUUACACCAGGCAAAGACGGUUGCACCUUUUUCCAGUGGGCUGAGUUCGACGACGACGGAGAGCCCCCCUGGGCGAAGAUUUAA